GUUUGAGUUUGUACUAGAGGAGACAACCAGUUAACCAGUUCAUCCUUUACCAGUGUCUAGUGAAGUGGUCGAAGGAGUCACCAGAUAGAUGCCCACUGUGCCAAGACGAUUUCUAGGAUGCUGUCGGUGGUAGUGGCACCACUGGAUGUGGCAGCGUUGGUCUUGGUGGUACUACUGGUGCUGUUGACAGAUUGGAGACCAUCAUGGUGGAUAUCACACUCUCGCAAAACCAGAGUUCAUGGCCUCAAAAAUCAUGUGAUACCAAGGAAAAUCCCUGGACCCCCAUCACUGCCCAUCUUGGGCACUAGAUGGCUGUAUUCUGUUGGAUACUACAAGAUUAACAAAAUACAUGAAGUUUACCAAGAGCUUCAUCGGACGUAUGGUCCCGUUGUGCGUGAGGAGGCGUUAUGGAACAUUCAGGUGGUGAGUCUCUUCGCAGCUGCGGAUAUUGAGAAGGUGCUGAGGUAUCCGAGCCGCUAUCCGGUGCGACCACCUACAGAAGUCACCGCUCAUUACCGCACCACUCGCCCUGACCGUUACACGAAUAUGGGGCUUGUUAACGAACAAGGAGAGACGUGGCAUCAGCUGCGUGCGUCCCUCACACCAGCUCUAACAAGUUCUGCCACUAUGCAGAGGUUUCUACCCGAGCUUAACCAAGUCGCAGACGACUUUAACCGCCUCCUAGUGUCCUCGCGGGAUGACCAAGGUGUCGUCAGAAUGUUUGAGGAGCUCGCCAACCGUAUGGGUCUUGAGAGCACAUGCACGCUCAUCUUGGGCCGGAGAAUGGGGUUCUUGGAUCAGAAGCUUGACCCAAAAGCUGUUCGGCUUGCUAGAGCGAUACAGGUACAAUUCUGUGCCUCGAGAGACACAUUCUAUGGACUCCCGUUCUGGAAACUGUUUCCCACCGCUGCCUACCGCAAGUUUGUGCAGAGUGAGGACAUGAUCUAUGAUGUGAUAUCAGAGCUGGUGGAUGGAGCUUUGAAAGAUGAACAAGAGACGUGCGAGACUGACGCUGUGAAGAGUGUGUUCAUGUCCAUCCUACAAUCACCACAGCUUGACACUCGAGACAAAAAAGCUGGCAUCAUUGACUUCAUUGCUGCAGGCAUCAAAACUUUAGGGAACACCCUAGUGUUUCUAUUUUACCUCGUAGCCAAGAAUCCUCAGGUGCAGAAACGUUUAUACGAGGAAAUCAUAUCUUUGGCACCAAUCGGGACACCUGUGACGUCACAGGUGCUGCGGGAUGCAACAUAUCUUCGCGCAUGCAUCAUGGAGACGUUCAGAGUGCUGCCCACCGCACCAUGUGUCGCCAGGAUACUAGAGACAGACAUGGAGCUUAGCGGACAUCAUCUCAAACCUGGGGCUGUGGUUCUAUGUCAAACCUGGAUAGCAAGCCAGCAAGAAGAGAACUUCAAAAGUGCGUCUAAGUUUAUACCAGAGCGAUGGCUCGACCCGAACCCUGAAGCUCGGGCAAAAUCAUUCCUCGUGGCUCCGUUCGGAGUUGGGAAGAGAAUGUGUCCUGGAAAGAGAUUUGUCCAUUUGGAGCUACAGGUUGUUUUAGCACAGACUGUUCGACAAUUUGAGAUCUCGCACAAAGGCGAGCUUGACCUCCAGUUUGAGUUUCUGUUGGCUCCGGCCGCCAUGACCAACUUUGUCCUUGUCGACCGCAACUAACCCUCGACUACGAACUUUGUGACUUUGACUUUGUGUCCUAACUAAAGUGAUUGUGGUAAACCUGAAAGUAUUUACUAAUGUUGACAUUUGUUUGAAAUUUCCGUAACCAACUUUAAGUGUGUUGAUUAGUUUAAAAUAUAACGCUUUUUAACAAGUAUAGUAUUUUAGAGUACCUAAUUAAGAAUUGAAGGGAAAAUAUGACUUUUGAGGUUACAAAAUGUACCCAGUGUAAUAAGUGACUUUUCUACUUGUAGACUGCUAUUUACGGUUCACAUUCGAGCUAAUGUUUGAUCAGUAUCAUCCACAUCUACUGAUUUCUACAGAAGCUUCCGAGUGUGACAGGAAACAGACCAUCACGCUAUAACAUCGACAAUAUUUUUAAUAGAUUAGUUACAAUGUGUACAACGUAUGGCGAGGCGGACUUUACUAGAUAAAUAGUAAGAGCAAAUAUUUACUUAGAGUACAAAUACUAAGUGCUUUGGAAUAUUUUUCAUUGUUGUUAUCUCACGCUAUUGUGAUUUGUUAAAAUGUUUUACAAGUGUUAUUUUUUAUAAGUGCAUCUGCCACGUGUUUUUUGGCAAUUAAAAUUUAUUGUAUU